GGGAAGACGAGACUCUGUUCCCACAAUGCCUGGGACUAGCGCCAGCCACGAUUCCUGGACCGCAACUCCCAGAGUGCAACGCGGUCACGCCCGCCUUGUACGUUCGAGCAUGCCCUCUUAGAGGUUCCGGGGACCGGUGGCAUUUACUUCCGGCAGCAGGCGGUGGGACAAUGGCUGCCCUUCUCCGAGCUGUGCCUAGGUUUCCAGGAAAAACUGCAUGGGGACGGCCUCUCCAUGGGCUGUGGUGGUGCUGCAGAGGGCAGGAGGAUCCUAAGAGGUGGCUGGGGAGCACGUCACCCACCUCAAAGGAGAAACCACCAGACACAGAGACUGAGAAAUUCCGGAUGUUUUACCGUUUUGAUGCCAUCAGAUCCUUCGGGUACCUGUCUCGACUGAAGUUGGCACAGACUGCCCUGACAGUGAUAGCUUUGCCACCAGGCUAUUACUGGUACUCCCAGGGCCUCCUGACUCUCAAGUCCCUUUGCAUCAUGAAUGGGGUGUCAUGCUUUGCUCUGGCCAUGCUCUGCUGGAUGAGCUAUUUCCUUCGGAGACUGGUUGGCAUCCUGUAUCUGAACGAGUCUGGCACCAUACUGCGGGUGGCCCACCUGAACUUCUGGGGCUGGCGGCAGGACACAUACUGUCCCGUGGAAGAUGUGAUACCCCUGACAGAAACCAAGGACUGCCCUGAGGAGCUGUUCAUGCGUAUCCAGCAGUACAGUGGGAAACAGACCUUCUACCUCACCCUGCGCCACGGACGCAUCCUGGACAAAGAGUGUUUCACACAGGUGUUUGGGGCGCUGCAGAUAUUCAAGUAAACAACUGGGAGCUGGACCUCUGGGUAAUUCUGGGUUGCCUGGAUUGACAGGAAGGCCGAGGGUGUGCGCAAGAUUGAAGAAAGGGGAUUGAGUACUUGGAGACUUUCCUGGGCCCCUGGGAACAUGUGUUUUGUGAUGUAGAAAUUUACAAGGUGAGAUUUGGUGUCCAGGUUUAGGAAAAAGGCUCUAAAUGCAAGUUGUUUUUUUUUCUUUUCAUUUUUUGAGAUGGAGUUCGUUCUUUUCCCCAAGCUGGAGUGGUGUGAACUCAGCUUAUUCAGUCUCCGCCUUCCAGGUUCAAGCGCUUCUCCCACCUCAGCCUCCUGAGUAGCUGGGACUACAGGUGCUCGCCACCACACCUGGCUAACUUUUUUGGUAUUUUUAGUAGAGACGGGGUUUCAUUAUGUUGGCCAGGCUGGUCUCAAAUUCCUGACCUCUUGAUCCAUCUGCCUCGGCCUCCCAAAGUGCACGGAUUACAGGUGUAAGCCACCGCACCUGGCUAAGUGCAAGUUCUGAUAGCACUUGUGUGUGACAUUCAGUCAGAUAAUGGCCGGAAGUUUCUGUUAGGAGCCAGUUAUUAAAGGAACCUAUGCCAAGGUCACCCAGACAGUCCAUUGCUGUGAAAUGGGAAGGCAAAGAGGUGUGGCAGGGGAGUGUAGAAUUUGGAGCCAGAAGUCUCAGUUCUGUUACUUGUCCUGGCAAAGAGGUUAUUGAGCCUCUUUGAACCUCCAUCUAUAAAAUGGAAAGUCCUUCUUGUUGCAUGGGAUGGGUGUGGGAAUAAACAAUAAAUAUCAAAAUUUUUGCGGACUCAACAGCCCAGAGCAGAUAUUAAGCAUUUGUAUAGAGGUUUCAGCAUGGAGAAAGACUUUGAGCAGUCACUAGCGACAUCCAGAACUCUGUGCUGUGCCCCCUCACAUGUCCAGCGGCAGAAGGGACUGCCAGAAGGGACUGUUAACUACACAUCAAUGAGCAGAGAUGUCAUCCAGGUGAGCACAAAACCCCACCCAGAGGUCUAGAGACUCUUGCUUUGGAUGGCCCUGCAGUGUAAUAAAGCCAGAUGGACGUAUGCUGGUACACUGUUUUAUAAACUAAAGCCAGUUAUAUACACUGCUCUGCAUAAUUAAUAAUAUGUUCAUUAUACAAUCCGUAACACAGUCAAGAGGAAGGAAGGCGCGACCUUUAUGAUUUCGCCACUCAAAAGUCAGUAACAAUAUUUUAUUGUAUGGCCUUUCAUUUUUCUUAACCAUAGCAAGAUACACCUAACAAAUAUAUCUUUUUUGUUAUUUUGAGAAGGAGUUUCGUUAUUGUUGCCCAGGCUGGAGUGCAAUGGCAAGAUCUUGGCUUACCGCAACCUCUGCCUCCAGGGUUCAAACAGUUCUCCUGCCUCAGCCUCCCAAGUAGCUGGGGUUACAGGCAUGAGCCACCACGCCUGGCUAAUUUUGUAUUUUGAGUAGAGACAGGGUUUCUCCAUGUUGGUCAGGUUGGUCUCAAACCUCCGACCUCAGGUGAUCCGCCUGCCUUGACCUCUCAAAGUGCUGGGGUUACAGGCAUCAGCCACUGCACCCGGCCUUUCACUGUGAUGCUUCUAUCCUGUGCUUGCAUCUUGCCUCACUCGCCAGUCUGUUUUGACAGCAGUCAAAGCGAUCCUUAAAAAUACAAUCACCUCACUGUGCUAUGAAGGUUGAUGGCCUAAUCCACCCUCCCCUUUCCUCCCUCAUCCGCAACUCUGUGGAGAUCAUUUCCCCAGGUCACGCUGGCCUUGCUGUUCUCCAGUAAUCAAGGAUGAUCCAGCCUCAAAGUCUUUGCAUUGACAGUUCGUCUGCCUGGAAAGCUUUCUCCCUGGAUACCUGCAAAGAGAACUAACUGCCUUCCAUUCAGUGUCUUCCCUGUAUAACAGGUUGUACUAUUUAUGCUCAAGAAGUAUGGUGAAGAUUCAAUUAUAUAGAAGAGACGCGUACACAGCAGUUACACAUGGCUGUUCGUUCCUUCUAUACUUCACCUUCACCUGCCUGUCAGUUCCUUCAGUGACUGUGAAUCUUUUUCCCAUGAAGAUAUAUAGCCUGUGGCUAAAAAAUGUCUUAAGAAUUCCUAAUGAUUUCACCUUAACCUCAUUGAAACCAGAAAUUCUCUCUUUGUUGGGCUAGUUGUGAGAAAUGACGUGAGUGAGUCCCACCCUGGGAUAUUCUGAUUAUGUCUGGGGUAGGUCCCCAGGAUUUAUCUUUUUGACCCACUUGAAGCCAAUUCUGAGAUUUAGGCAGGCUGGGAAUUUCUGAAAUAAACAACUAGAACAGAAGA